GCGGGGCCCUGGCGUGCCCGCACCUCGCGCGCGCGGUGGAGCUGCAGAAGCCGCUGCUGCUGCGCGGGGCGGCCGAUGGCUUCGCGGCCUCGUCGGAGUGGACGCGCCGCGGCCUCGGCGAGCGACUGGGCCACACGCCGCUCCGGCGGGGCGCCUGGUGGCCCUGGGCGGCCGCGCCCCGGGCCGGCGCCGCGGAGCCCAGAGAAGGCGCC